GCACACCACACACACACACACAAGUUUCUUUCUAAGCAAUAGUCCGUCGUCCCCUGCAACGCAAGAAGGCUCACAGCGCCGGCCAUGGCCUCCUCGUGGUCCACCGGCAUCUUCGGCUGCUGCGACGAUGUCAGCGGCUGCUGCCUGACGUGCUUCUGCCCGUGCGUCGCCUUCGGGCGGAUCGCCCACAUCGUCGACAAGGGAACCUCGUCUUGCUGUGUGCGCGGGACGGCGUACAUGCUGCUGGCCUGGGUGGGGCUGGGCUGCCUCUGCUCCUGCUGCUACCGCUCCAAGAUGCGGGAGCAGUACGGGCUCAAGGAGAAGCCCUGCGCUGACUGCUGCGUCCACUUCUUCUGCGACCCCUGUGCCCUCUGCCAGGAGUACCGCGAGCUCAAGAGCCACGGAUUCGACAUGAGCCUCGGGUGGCACGCGAACAUUGAGAGGAUGGGGAAGAGCGCUCCGACUGCUGCGCCUCAGGCUUACCCAGGGAUGACUCGCUAGUGUGUCGCCACUACCCAUCGAUGUAUCCAUGGAUAAUGUCAGCUUCAAGCACAACAAAAAGGAUGCCAACCAGUCUACCAACUUCUACUUCUGUAUUGUAUUGUAUUGUAUUGUAGUGUCGCGAGUUAGUUCAUUUGAUUGAAUUUGUCAUCAUGUGUUUGCUUUUCUGUUGUUGCAAGUAGUUUUCCAUCCGUCCAUCCCCACCAUCUGUGAUGGUGUUUACACAUUUCAAUAAGAUCUAUUGAAUCCUUGUGUGGAAAUAGAUCAGUCCACUUUGUCUAUGUA